GAAGAGCACGUUUCCUGCUGUUUUCACCAGUUUCCUCUCCACUGGUGUGGACAAUAUUCAGCAUUUGGUCCUGGAGCACUGCUGGUUUCUCACCAGAACCUCUGCUGGGUUCUGGUGGUUCUGGUUUCACCCAAACCGCUGCCCCUCAGGACUGCACAACAUGACAUCACUUCCUCCCACUGAUCAGUCCUGACCAGGAUGCAGCAUCAGGACCACAGCAGCAUCCUUCUCCAGAUACAAUCUCAGGCUGAAGCUGACAUUUUCCGGAACCAACAUCCGGUCCUUCUGGACCCCAUCUAGACUUUCCGGGUCAGGUGUCAUCAUCGGUCCAAAGAGAGAUGGAGCUGCAGCCACAGCCUCCCAGGAGCUGCAGCUCACCUGGACAUGCAGGGAAAUCCUGCUGGAGUUUGGAUGUGAGGGUGGCGGUCCUCUUGGUGACUCUGGCUGGAGCCGUGAUCCUGCUGCUUUUGUACAAACUCCUGCAGCUGAGGCACAGGCUGAAGCUAGCCAGGGCCCGGUAUGCGGUGGAGUACAGCAGCUUCUGCCACAGAGCGACCUACAGACUCAAACAGCCCACAGCUCAUCAGGUCCCGCCCCCCAAGAACGAGGCGGUCCCUGAAGCGACUCCUCCCUUCCACACUAAAAGUGAUGCGGUUCCCACCAUCAUCGCCCCACCUGUAUCCCCUCCACCCACCCUCCCACUACCCCAGACUCCUGUCUCACUUACUCCACCCGUCCACCGUCCCCUUUCUGCUCCUCCGACACCUCUGGUCCUGUCCUUGCCCCUCCCUCUACCUGUGAUCCACACCACCCCUCCCAGCCCUCACCUGUCCUGGGGGGCUUGCUCAGAUGCAGAUGUUUACUCUCGAAUUGGUGCUUUCAGGCUGUCCAGCCUCUCCAGCAAGUCCACCGUCAUCCUUUUUGAGCACUCGUCCCUCUGACCUCUGUGUGUUUGGACGACAGCUCGUCUCUGUAGGAGUUUUCUGUAAACGCGCAUGUGUUUUAAAACGUGUGCAAACGGGACACGGAGGUUCAAACCCUACAAAUGUUUUCAGCUGCUGAUUUCAUUUGUCUGCAAAGUUUUUAAAAACGAAUUGUAUGUACUCUUCAGCAGUAAUAGUGUUAUUCUACAGGGACUCGUUCAUUUUCAUUCACCCAGCUGCUGUUGAGUCACAUCUUGAUUAAAGAGUUUUGUGUUUUUAUUAGAGCUCCAUCCUAUAGCGCAGGUCUGCUUUUACUUUCUAUUCUGAUUUAGUCAGUCAGAAAUAUAACAAAACAUAAUAUAAUCAUCAAACAUAAAACAUUACAUUUAAAGUGACUGAAAAGGCUCAGGCAGAAGCUAAAUGCUUAUAUUUAUGCCUGUCCUUUUUAUUAUAUCAUAAUAUAAUAAUGUCCUUGUUACUAUAAUAAUAGUCUCGUCUCUCGUCUCUCGUCGUCUCGUCUUCCUCCGCUUAUCCGGGUCCGGGUCGCGGGGGCAGCAUCCCAACUAGGGAGCUCCAGGCCGUCCUCUCCCCGGCCUUGUCCACCAGCUCCUCCGGCAGGACCCCAAGGCGUUCCCGGACCAGAUUGGAGAUGUAACCUCUCCAACGUGUCCUGGGUCGACCCGGGGGCCUUCUGCCGGCAGGACAUGCCCGAAACACCUCCCCGGGGAGGCGUCCAGGAGGCAUCCUGACCAGAUGCCCAAACCACCUCAACUGGCUCCUUUCGAUCCGGAGGAGCAGCGGUUCUACUCCGAGUCCCUCCCGAAUGUCCGAGCUCCUCACCCUAUCUCUAAGGCUGAGCCCGGCCACCCUACGGAGGAAACUCAUUUCAACCAAAAGCAUAAUAAGGCUAAUAAUAGUAAAUAAUUUAAACACAGACUGUCAAACUGAAAUACCCUCCUCAGUUCUGUACCUGGUAUAAAUAUUGUUUUUGUAUUUAUUUUCAGGCCUAGUCCACACGUAGACGUUUUUUUAAAUGAAUAUCCGCCCCUCUAAAAACUUGCAUCCACACCACCUCGUUUAAAAAGAAACUGUCCACACGUACCCGGAUAAAUACGUUGUUAAGGACAUGCCAGACCUGUAGGCGGCAGUACUUCCCCCGUUCUUAACCUCGUCCUUCGUCUGUGGUCUUCCGCAAGGAGCAGUAAUUCCGCUUGCAAAAACAAACAAGCAGAAAGUGCUUGGACGAUUGAUAAAGCGAGCGCAGCUCUGAGGGCAUCCAUGCUGCCGGCUAGUGUAAACACAGGUAGCACACGUGAUGUCAGCAUUUUUUUGUCGCGGAAAGUGACGUUGCGGACCUUAAAACUCCGGUUUUGUCUGUCCACACGCAGACACCCAAAACGGAGAAAACGCAGAUCUUCACUUUGGCCGGAGUUUUUAAAAAGAUCCGUUUUCGUGUGGAUGACAGGCCAAAACGUAGAAAAAUAUCUACGUUUUGGCAGAUCCCCGGCUACGUGUGGACAGGGCCUUAAACAGAAUCAUAGAAACACUUUUCCUUAGUGUCCCCUCCUGCCAUGACUCCCAGUCUUUCACCCUCCUCUGCCUCUGCUGCCUCCUCAUCAAGCCCUCAGCCACUUCAUUCAUCUCUCCUGUCCCUGUCAUCAGCUCAUUACACACACCUGCUCCCCCUGCUAUAUACUGUAUUCACCGGCCAGCCACCAGUCCCCUGCCAGAUUAUUGAACGCUCUUUGCCAGUAGAUCUUCCAGCCUUUCACCUUGCCUUCACAGCCUCUGGACCUCGUUUUUUCGCCUGACCCCUGCCUUGAACUCUGCCUGCCACCACGACCCUCGCCUAUCUUCUACCACAUCUCCAGCCUGCUCCCUGUACCUGCUCAUCCCAAUCUGGUUUUGACCCACGUCUCCUCUCCGACUCUGUCUCCUGCCUCGCCCUCCUCUGGUAACGCUACACCAAUAAAGACUUUUGAAUAAACUUUUACUGGGUUUGGUGUCAUCACGGGUCUUCCCAGUUCUGGUCAUGACACCUCCACCGUAUUCCAUACUUGCUCCACAUACUGAAAUACAAAAGGUUUUACUUGUUGUUCGUGCAAAAGGAAUUCUGAAAUGAAAUUGUUCCCGUAAUUUAUAGCCCCCUUCCUCAAUGAAUCAUUUUUGGAUGUUUUCUGGUAAUAGUUUGUUUCUUGCUAGAAAUAAUAUUUGUGCUGUCUGCAAUUCUACAAUGUCUCGAAUUUUAAGAGUGACUGUACAAAUAAUAAUUAGAGUGAUCCCUACAUCCUACCUUAUGAAUGAUUCGUAUUGCUUUCUUUUGUAAAAUUAUUAGUGGUUGGAUUGCACUCAUGUAGUUAUUACCCCAAACUGCUGCAUGUUGGAAAUGUUGGUUUGAGGAUUUGAUCCACGUUGAUUCGACUACAUCACAUUCAAACCGUUGGAGCUGAUCCCGUUUAAACCACCAACGUUCAUCUGGAGAACUUUCUUUCUGAAGAACCAUGUGUCCUGUUUUUGUUCAUGUUCUCUUCCUGUUCGGUCAUUUGGUGUUUUUAUGCACAGGUCUGAGGUCGGUCUAGUUUAGGUUGGUUUUCAUGAACUUUUAUUUAGGAUGACUAAGAAUUAAAGUUUAUUCAUUCGAA